AUGCCAAGCGGAGAAAGCACACGCACGGGCACAACGGUGGAAGAGGAGGAAUUGAGUGCAUUUUCCAUAUCUGGACGAUUGUUCGUCUUCACAUUCGCCAGGAAUUACGACAAUACAAACGAUGCCCACCUUCUGAUCGUCAACCAAUCACCGGAGAGGGCGACAGUCGUCAUCAAGGUACCAGGUCUUGACAUAACUCGUUUCGCAUUGGUAGAACAACAUGCAACUACUGAUAUCAGUCUACCUCCCGCAGUCAUUCCUACAGAUUCAUACGAUGGAAUCGGUGGUUACGCUGUGGUCGUGAAUUCAUCUGUAGAGAUAUGUGUGUUUGGGAUCAAUGAUGCUCAUCCUAGAUCGAUGGAUGGCUUCACAGCCCUGCCUGUAUCAACCAUGGGGAAGGAAUACGUAGUGGCGUCUUUCAAUCCUUGGACAGAAUCACAAAUCAGCAUCGCAGCCGUCGAAGAUAACACCGAACUGACAAUCACGUUUUCGAAUUCGUGGAAGCAUACUAAUAUUGAUUUGAAACCGGGUGAAAAACUUCGAUUUAACUUGAACAAACUCCAAACGGUUCAUUUAGAUGGAAACACUGAUCCUACCGGAUCCCGGAUCCGAUCUAACAAACCAAUCUCUGUCUUGACAGGGUGUCGUUGCGCUUUCGUUCCACGUGAUAUAACGUCAUGUGAUCAUCUUGUAGAGCAGAUCCCUCCAUUUCAUCAGUUAGGAAGGUCAUUUAUCGCUUCUGCGUUCAUGGGACGGACAUCAUCCACUGUAUUUCGACUCAUUGCAGCUAGACCAAACACCCGGGUUGACUUCUCCGAUGGACGCGAGAAUAGAACGCUCCCUGCAGGUGGAUUUAUCGAGUUUGAAACGAAUCAGAUGGAAGCAGUGUAUAUCCAUGCAUCCAUGCCAUGCCUGUUUAUGGCUUAUGCUAAAGGAUUUGAAUCAGAUUCAAAAGGCGAUCCUACCAUGACUAUAGUGCCUCCUCUAGAACAAGGUGUUCAUUCCGUGCGAUUCGUCACAUACAAUCUGACUAGAGACAUGGAUGGUGUCCGGAGCUACAUCACUAUCCUCGGAGAAUGUUUCACGUUAGAGAAUUCUACUAUUGGAAACGAGAAGAUAACAGAACUACGGGGUCGAAUCUCAUAUCGCCAGAUUGGUAGCAGUCGUUAUUGCGUGGCUCGUUUACCAGUUGAUAAUGGAGUUCAUACCAUCUCGUCCCAUCAUCACUACGUCCCAUUCGUGGCCUAUGCUUACGGGUUUUCUGAUUACAACUCCUAUUCGUUCCCAGUCGGAAUGGCGGCAAACACGUUGACGUGCAACACACGAGACGUCGAGCAUUUCUGUGUGGAAAGAGUGGUAGCAAUACUUCCUGAAGGCAUGUCGGGAGAAACAAUCGAUCAACCUCAAUGCGACUAUUCGGAAUGUGUUAAUCCAAUUCAUGUGAUUCUCAUAGCGAUAGCUACAGGAGCCGGUGCUAUCAUCAUAGAGUACUACAUGAGGAGGAAAUUUUCAGAAAGGCGCAAAGAACGGGAGAAGAAACGCCGGAGAUCGAUGAUGAGAUCUGCUGCAGCGGCGAUAUCUUCUCUCUCAUUCAAUCGUGAUCGUCGGCCAGCACUAACGGCAAAUGUCAACGAAGCAUCUUAAUUCCAUCCUACAACACAUUAAUACGAAGAGGAUGUAGAGAGCUUGAGAGAUAGGGGCAAUAUUACAAAGACAUAUAGGGACAGACAGAUAUAUAUAUAGAGAGAGAGAGAGAAAGAGAGAGAGAGAGAGAGAGGGAGAGAGACAAUCAGGCAGACAUGCGGACAGACGGACGGACAAUUAAACAUUGUUGGAUGUGGCUUGUAAAAUAUAUA